GCAAAAUCCACAUGUCCAUGGCUCUUUCUUCUUCUCAAUCGGCCCCUCAUCGCUCUCUACAGCAUCUGGAACUCCCUGUUGCUCCGCAAUUGUUCAAGAGCAUAUCCUUCUCGAAGGCCAAUAUUGGCUUGCUGAAAUUCCCUUCCAUUCGAUGCUCUUCAAGCUUGGACGAAAAAUCCAGCAGUUCUCUCAGAACUUGCAAGAAUUGCAAAGCCCAAUACGACCCUGCACUCAAUCACCCUCUUGCUUGUCGUUUUCACACUGCCCAUUUUGGAGGAGAGACAAAGAGGAAGUUUGAGAGUGUGUAUCAAGGUGGCACCAUGAAUACUCCUGAUUCUGGUAAAGUUUUUCAGUACUGGCACUGCUGUGGGUCUGAAGACCCAUUCGACCCUGGCUGCACGGCUGCUCCGCACUCCUCGUAUGACGACUGAUAUAGUGAGUGUUGAUGAAAUCAUCAAAUUACCUUCUGGGGACUCAUACAGAGAAUUUUGAUUAUUGGAGAGGCCUCGGCUACGGCAUUGUGUGCAAAGUGAUUCUAGUUCAACAAUUCUACACUAUACCAUCAUAAAAUCCUUGAUUUCAUGCUAUUGAUUUGUGAGAUAAUCUGUCAUAUUAGUGAAAAGUUGUAUAUUUUGUUGUUGCCGCAAUGUUUUGGCACUCUUUUAAUGCUUUUGUGGAUUCCCUUAACACCCUAACGUUGAUGUAAUUAUUCUGAGGUUCAGGAGGACCUUCAUAGGAGGGAUAUAAGGAUAAAACUUUGGGUGUUGUAAUUAUUGUUUGCUGCUCAAUCCUAGCUUAGCGACAAUGCUUUGGCAUUC